GAUGUUUACUUCCUGCAUACGUGUACGUCCUACUUUCCAAUUCCGCAUGCUGUAAUCUCUAAAGCUUCUCUUUCAAUAAGUCAUGGCUGAUCUGAACCUUGUGAACGGCUACCUGGACGAGGGACAAAGAGACUUCAUCUGCUCUAACUCAUCGAUGGACGAACUUCAAUUGGCGGCUCUGUUGGGUAAGACUCUUCUAGAGCAGAACUCGGAGCUGGACACGAAGCUGAGGAAGCUCCAGGAGUUUGCAGAGGAGACACUGGUGAUGAACCAGAGCUUAACGAGGCAGCUGUCUGAAUCACGUGAUUCGCUGCAAUUCUCCAACAAGUCAUGUGUUCAACUCGAGGGAAAAGUGGAGGAGCUUGAACGAAUCAAUUCCCACCUUCAGCGACAAAUACUAACUCAGCAUUCCACCCUGGACCAUAGGACACAGCAGGUUGAAUCACUGGAAGAUGAAGUAUUGGAAUUGAGGCGUCAAAACGAGCGUCUUGAAGAGAGAACUGCUCAACUAGUAGCAGAGAAAAACAACGCGAAAGAAAACCCUCCAAAUGGCGAAACUAAGGCUAGGGAAAGAUCAAAGAGUUGCUAUAGCAAUCCCAUGGAAACGGAGAGUAUUGUGACAGAACUAACGGUACGUGUGCAGAAGCUGACAUUUCAGAAGGAGAAAGCCGAGCGAACUCUGACUAGUGUGUUGAAUGAGAACGAAUCGCUGGCUAAGAAUCUCGAAAGAGCUGAAAUGGAAAUUGAAGAACUUGGACACCGAGUCACCGUGUUUGAAGAUGCUGUGGACGGUCAGAGCACCCCCCUCUCCACUCCCAAGUCCUCCCACUCCACACAGUACACAUCCUUCACAUUGCCGUCAAUACCAGAAGACCACACCCUCCAACCAUCUCUAGCAACGGAGGAGAUAUCACAAGACAGUGGAUUGUCUCUUUUUAACGAAUUGGAUACUGAAAUCAGCUCUCUGCGACAAAACUACAACACUCUGGUACAAGGUUGUACUUGUUCAGCGAGUCUGCAUCACAAGAUAUCGUCUAGAGGAGGGGGUGUGGUGUUUGGGGGCGUGGUCAACGAGGGAGCAGAAGCGGGGAGUCGACCAUAUAAGGAAUUGUUUGCGGAGGUAUUUGCAACUCUGAAGCAGUCUGCACAGGUGGCUGAUCGACUCGUUGACAGGAAAAAAGGACGAAACGAUGAUUAGCUAUUGCCAUACAUGUUACACUUCAAAUUUCCGAUUCAAUUUUUGUAAAAAUAAUCAUGUUUGUAUUCAAA